AUUUCUAUUCGUAACAUGCCAUUGUAUUCUUAUCUAUGUAGUCUUGCAUAACAUCCUUGUUAAAUUGGAGUAUCACAAAAAGGAAAAAAGAAAAUUGGAAACAUUCAAAAACAAUAAAACUUACCUCUUGUAUGUAGCUUCCAAGACAUUAAACUUCAAUUCUACUCCUUGCUUGGCAUGACCAAUCUCCAUCUGUACACAGUCAGCAUUCACCAAUGAGGUAUAAUGAGGGUACAAAGCUCAAAUCUUUCUAAGGGUUUUGUUUUGUGCUAUUAAAAGCUUUACAUGCUGUGAGCUUUCUCUUGUUCUCCUUGAGAAGCUAUAAGAUAUCCAUUUAUUGCGCUCCAAAAUUCCUUCUUGUCGAUAAAUGGUGUGAUGUGUGAGACAUCAAAACCGAAUCACCACCAUGCUUCUUUGUUCCUCGGACCACCACCAGCAUGUGCCUCAACACCACCACCUCCGCCGCCGCCGCCGCUGCUGCCGCCGCCGUCGCUCGCUUCCUCUCCUUAAUAGAGAGAUGCAUCGCCGCCAAAGACCUCCGGCUCGGCCGCCACCUCCACUCCCACCUCCUCAAGACCGCCCUCAACCACCACACCGUCCUCGCCAACCGCCUUGUCCACCUCUACUCCCUCUCCGGCUCCCUCCCCUCCGCCGUCUCCGCCUUCACCGACCUCCCCUUCAAAAACCACCACUCCUACAACACCCUCCUCGCCGCCCUCUGCCGCUCCGGCCACCUCCACGCCGCUCGCCAACUGUUCGACCAGAUGUCCCACCGAGAUCUUGUCUCCCAUAACACCAUGAUCUCGACCCUAACCCACCAUGGCCACCACAGAGAAGCGCUGAACCUCUUCACCCGAAUGCGGAAGGACCACUCCUUCGACAAAUUCACCGUCGUUGGUGUUGCGACCGCAUGUGCCAACCUUGGGGCCCUAAAUUCUCUUCGCCAGCUCCAUGGCGCUGCUAUCGGCGCUGGGUUGGACUUUAAUGUCAUAAUGUCGAAUGUGAUGAUCGACGCUUACGGGAAGUGCGGUGAUGCUGAGGUCUCCCGCGAGCUCUUCGAUCGGAUGGAGACGAGAGAUGUCAUUUCUUGGACAUCGCUGGUUGCGGCGUAUGCCUCUGCUCACAGGCUCGAAGAGGCCUGGUUGGCGUUCGAUCGGAUGCCGGAGCGGAAUGCAGUCUCAUGGACGGCACUUGUUUCCGGGUAUGAGCAGAAUGGGGAGGGGGAGGCAGCAUUGGAGCUCUUCAGGCGGAUGAUAGAAGAGGGAGUUGGUCCAACACCAUUUACUUUGGUCUCGGUUUUGAGUGCUUGCGCGGGCUUAGGACUUAUUGCUCGGGGGAAGCAGGUGCAUGGCUUCAUGGUCAGGAAGUGCAUUGGAUUGGAUUCUUUCAACAUCUUCACCUCGAAUGCUUUGAUCGAUAUGUACGCUAAGUGUGGGGAUAUGGCCUCGGCCGCGAAUGUGUUUGACGCAAUGCCCGAGCGAGACGUUGUCUCUUGGAACUCGAUGGUUACUGGCUUCGCUCGGAAUGGGCAUGGCAAGCGAUCUCUUGCUGUCUUCGAACAAAUGAUGAAAGCCGGGGUUACACCAAACCAUACCACAUUCCUUGGCGUGCUCUCAGCUUGCAGCCAUGCUGGUCUAGUCUCAGAGGGUCGUCAAUUCCUUGACUCGAUGGAGAGGAAGUAUGGACUAAAGCCAAGGCCAGAGCACUAUGCCGCUUUCGUCGAUGCACUUGGGCGCAAUUGCCAACUAGAGGAAGCCAUGGAACUCAACAAGGAUUUGCAUUCCAAACAUGAAUUGAGCAGUGUUGGGACAUGGGGAGCUCUCCUUGGGGCAUGCCGAGUGCAUGGAAAUUUAGAGCUUGCGGAAAGAGCUUCUGAGUACCUCUUUGAGUUGGAGCCUGAGAAUGGAGCAAGAUAUCUGAUGUUGUCUAAUAUAUAUGCUGCAGCAGGUCAAUGGGAUGAUGUUCGACAGGUUAGGCUGCUCAUGAAGGGGAAGGGAUUUAGAAAGGAUCCAGGUUUCAGUUGGAUAGAUCUGAGGAGCGGCAAGCAUAUGUUUGUAGCUGAUGAUAAGUCUCAUAAACGAACAGAGGAAAUUUAUGAGUUGCUUGCCACUUUGGUCGAUCAGAUGAAGGAAACAAGAUAUCAUCUAAAUUAUGAGCAGAGUCUGUUUGGUCAUGAAGAAGGGGACUGCUUGUUGCAAUGUGUUUAGUAAGAUAGGCAGCUGCAUCAAAUCAUUGGUUACAUUGGUAGGCCAGUUGGUGAUUCUGUUCCUAUGGAGGAGAAGUGCUAUAUGAAUUCAGCCUUAACCCUCUAAAGCUGUACUGAGAGUCUCUGAGGAUUGAAUCUUUGCAGAUCAGAUGCCUUGAGGAAUUAUAGGCAAGCUCGGGCAGCAGGUCUUCAUUAUGGUCAUUAAAAGAAUGUGUGCAUUUCGCUGGAUGGAGGUUUACUUGACAAAACAUAAUUUUGUGGACUACCAGAUGAAGUUGUUAACAUUGUUUGAACAGACACAAGCAGCAAGAGUUUUAGGAUGCUAAAGAGAUGUGGCAUCAUCCUUUUGGAGGCUAUGAUACUACUUCCAAGUUUCAGCACUUCUUGUUUAACACAUUAUUUUGGGGUGAAUUAUUCUUUGCUUCGUAACGUGGUGCUGGGCGUGUUGAGGUUUUCUUUUAAUCUUGCAUGGGACAGACCUCUUUGUGGCAGUGUUGUCUCUUUUUGCUUCAUUUCCUCAAUAAAAUGCUGUUGGUGGUUCUCUGGACCUAGCAUUUCUUAACGUUUCUCAGAGAGAGAUCAAAUGAAUUUCUGAUUUAGCUGUUGCUA